GAUUUAAACGAACCUGAUUGACACUCCCUCUGACCAAUCCAGUGUCAGCAGGCGUGGCGUCUGUAGAUCUACUGUCCCGGUGCGUCAGCAGUGACGUCAUUUCAGAAAUGGCAAAUUACGGACAGGGUUACCCCAGUUCAGGAGGUCCGGCCCCGGGAGGGGGUUAUUACUCUGGACCGCCCCCUGCUGGUGGACAGGCGCCUCCGGGAGGUCAAUAUGGGGCUGGAGCACCCCCUGGUGGGCCUUACAGCGGUACUGCAUCUCCACACAGGGGUCAGUACGGGGGAUCAGCUCCCCCUGGUGGUUAUUACGGGGGCACUGCGCCUCCGCCAGCUGCGGGGGGUCAGUACGGGGGAGCAGCUCCCCCUGGUGGUGGGCAGUACUACGGAGGCCCUGCUCCUGGCUCUGGGGGGCAGUAUGGAGGCCCAGGGGGAGUGGCCCCGGGGGCCCCCUAUGGAGGGGCAGCACCAGGAGGGGGGCACUUCGGAGGGCAAGCCCCUGGCGCCCCCUAUGGAGGUUAUGGCCAGCCCCAGGGACAGCAAGCUCCUGGAGGAGCUAACGUCCCCCCUGGCGUCGACCCCGAAGCGUUCCAGUGGUUCCAGACCGUGGACACUGACCACAGCGGCUCCAUCACCCUGAAGGAGCUGAAGCAGGCCCUGGUCAACUCCAACUGGUCAGCCUUCAACGACGAGACGUGCCUCAUGAUGAUCAACAUGUUUGAUAAGAGCAACACUGGGAAGAUGGACUUGUUUGGGUUCUCCGGUCUCUGGGGGUUCAUGCAGCAGUGGAAGUCUCUGUUCCAGCAGUUCGACCGCGAUCGCUCAGGGACCAUCAGCGCCAACGAACUGCACCAGGCCCUGUCCCAGAUGGGGUACAACCUGAGCCCUCAGUUCACGCAAAGCCUGGUGUCCCGGGGGAGGCAGUCCUCCAUGCAGCUGGACCGCUUCAUCCAGGUGUGCACACAGCUGCAGAGCAUGACCGGGGCCUUCCAAGAGAAAGACACGGGCAUGACGGGCAGCGUGAGGAUGAGCUACGAGGACUUCCUGUGCACCUCCAUCACCCGCCUGCUUUGAGAGCUGGGCUCCGUGCGCGCGUGUGUGUGUGUGUGUGUGAUCCCUCAGGACUGGACUGGGGGGCCAGGGGACCAGCACGGGAAUGCUCCAGCGGGGAGGGGAGGGGAGGGGAGGGGGGGCUGUUGCAUUAACACACUUCUGAGUAGUGCAGGGAAUCAAAUAUUUGUAAUGCAGGUGUGGCUUUGCAGAUAUCUCAAGCAUGAGUUACUAUUGUUUUAUAUGAGGGUACAAAGGUCUGCAGGUCGCUCCCCAUUGCUCCCCUACAUACAGAAAUAUCUCCUGUUUUGAGAUUGAUUUCACCUUUGAGAGGACUGGUCCCCUCCUCUCCAUACCCUUCCAGUCCCCUUCAAGUCAGCAAAGCAGAAUUUGACCUUUUAAACAAUCAUGUAAAUUGCCUCUCCUUGCACAUGGUACAGGGUUUAGCUACCAAGUUAACACCAUAGCACUGCAAGGGGCUUUCAGUGAGAUUAAGAGGGAAACACUACCUGUAUUGUCAUUGUAUUCAUUUCAAAUAUAUAAUUCCAGAUUGUAUUUCCCUUUGUAUUCCCUGUUUCUGUGUUAUUUUUAAAGCGAGUCAUUGCAGAUGAAUGUUCAGAGGUCACUUUUGGGGGGUGGUAGUGCCAUCUAAUAAAUGAGCAAUGAAGGAAUAAACCUUUUAAAUAAUGAAAUUAAAAAAAAAACUGAAACCCAAGUACAAGUGCAGCAGCAAAUAAGAUCUGGGUUUCAAAAUUGCCAAACACAGAGAGACCUGUGCAUCUAGCACUCAGACACAGAGAGACCUGUGCAUCUAGCACUCAGACACAGAGAGACCUGUGCAUCUAGCACUCAGACACAGAGAGACCUGUGCAUCUAGCACGCAGACACAGAGAGAUCUGUGCAUCUAGCACGCAGACACAGAGAGAUCUGUGCAUCUAGCACGCAGACACAGAGAGAUCUGUGCAUCUAGCACGCAGACAGAGAGAUCUGUGCAUCUAGCACGCAGACACAGAGAGAUCUGUGCAUCUAGCACUCAGACACAGAGAGAUCUGUGCAUCUAGCACUCAGACACAGAGAGAUCUGUGCAUCUAGCAUGCAAACUAUUGGAAGCGUGUCAAAUACUGCUCAUGUUACCUGCUAAAAAUGUAUACUGUGUGCAAGAACGCAGCGUCUGCAGUAACAGUGCUGGAGCCUCAGUCUCAGAUGUUUUGGCAGUGCAUUUCGACCAUAGAAUAAUAGUGUAAUGCUAAACUGGUACCUAUCUUAAAAACGUUUGUGUGCAUGUGAAACUGCUUAAUGUGCCCUGACUGUCGUGCAUAAUGAGGUUUCUAAUAAAUAAAUAAAU